GCGCAGAGGAGGCUCAAAGAAUGAACAUUUCCCUCAGAGUUAGUUGGUGGCCAGGUUUACUUGAGCGUCGUUUGGAAGGCAAGGCAAGGCAAGGCCGUUUCUCCCUCGCCCUUCGGCUGGAGCUGGCGAAGGCAGGAUGCCGCGCAGGGAGUGAGGGAGAGGAGAAGGGGCUGGCCGGGGGCCUGGAAGCGGGUUGAAUUGAUUCUGACUAUUUUGAAGUGACAUCCAUUUAGCUGGCUUGGAAGAUUAAACAUCCACAUAAAUGCAGUAUUUUAAUGUAAAAGAAGACUGUAAAGCUAUGGCUUUCUGUGCAAAAAUGAGAAGUUCCAGGAGAAAUGAAGUGAGCACAGAAAAUCAAGAGCUGGGACUGGAAGUAGUAUUCUAUUUACAAGAGAAACUUUCUCUCUUGUAUACAUCUGGAAGGUACACAGCAGAGGAACUCUGCAUUGAAGCUGCCCAGAAAUGCUCUAUAUCUCCAUUGUGCCAUAAUCUUUUUGCUCUCUUUGAUGAAAACAGAAACCUGUGGUACGCGCCAAAUCAUGUCUUCCAAAUAGAUGGCAAAACCGCACUCCGGGUUCAUUAUCGCAUGAGGUUUUAUUUUUCUAAUUGGCAUGGGACAAAUGAACAUGAGCCAUCUGUCUGGAGACAUUCUUCAAAGAAACCAAAGAAUUCUUAUGAAAAGAAACUAGUACAAGAAGGAACACCUCUUCUUGAUGCAAAUUCAUUAGAAUACCUCUUUGCACAGGGGCAAAAUGAUUUGGUAAGAUGUUUUGCACCUGUUCGGGACUCAAAAAAUGAUCAAGAGACUCAAGAAAUUCAAAAUGAAUGUCUGGGCAUGGCUGUCCUUGCUAUCACCCAUUACGCAAUUAAAAAAAAACUCAAAUUGACAGAUCUUCUCAGAGACAUCAGCUACAAACGUUAUAUUCCUGAAAGUCUGAGUAAGACUAUAAAACAGAAGAACCUUUUAACCAGAAUACGGAUAAACAAUGUUUUCAAAGAAUUCCUAAAAGAAUUUAACAGAAAGACAGUUUGUGACAGCAGUGUUUCUCCACAUGAUCUGAAGGUGAAAUACUUGUCAACAAUGGAGACAUUGACAAAACAUUAUGGUGCAGAAUUAUUUGAGACCACCUCAUUGUUGAUUUCAUCAGAGAAUGAGAAGAAUUUUAACCCAGAUGACUAUAACAUCAUCCCACGUUAUGAGGUGAUGGUAACAGGCAAUCAAGGAAUCCAGUGGCAUCUAAAGCCAUAUGUAAGUACGUUACAGGUUACUCAGACUGAAAAAGAAAAACAUAAAAUAAAGAGAAAGAAAUCAGACAGCAAAGCUAAGAAAAAUGAAGAAAAAAGCAAGAGGGAAGAAUGGAACGAUUUUUCUUACUUUCCUGAAAUUACUCAUCUUGUGAUCAAGGAAUCCACAGUUUUGAUCUACAGACAAGAUAAUAAAAGGAUGGAACUUAAACUGUCUUCACAUGGGGAAGCUUUGUCGUUUGCUGCUUUGGUAGAUGGUUACUUCAGGCUUACUGCAGAUGCCCACCACUAUCUCUGUACAGAUGUUGCACCACCCCUGAUAGAACACAACAUUAAAAAUGGCUGCCAUGGACCAAUCUGCACAGAUUAUGCUGUCAGCAAGCUGAAGCAAGAAGGUAAUGAAGAGGGCAUGUAUGUACUGAGAUGGAGCUGUACAGACUUCAAUAAUAUCCUCUUGACUGUGAUAUGUACAGAAGGCUCGCAGCAAUUUUUAAAUCCUCCCAAACAAUACAAGAACUUCCAGAUUGAAAUGAAGAAAGAUGGUUGUCUCUUACAUGGGUCUGAUAAGUUCUUUCCAUCUUUGAAAGAACUGAUGGACCAUUUAAAAGGGCAGAUCCUUAGAACGGAUAAUAUAGAAUUCACACUCAAACGAUGCUGUCAGCCAAAGCCAAGAGAAAUCUCCAAUUUGCUAGUGGCUACCAAAAAGUCCCAAGAAUGUCAGCCAGUCUGUGCUUUAAGUCAGUUGAGCUUCCAUCGAAUCCUUAAAGAAGAAAUAAUACAAGGUGAGCACCUUGGAAGAGGAACCAAAACACAGAUUUACUCUGGGAUUCUAAGCUAUAAGGAUGAUGAAAGUUACCAGAAUGAAAAAGAGAUGAAAGUUCUCCUUAAAGUCUUGGACCCCAGCCACAGAGACAUUUCUUUGGCAUUUUUUGAGACAGCAAGCAUGAUGAGACAGAUUUCCCACAAACACAUCGUCCUCCUUCAUGGAGUUUGUGUCCGUGAUGUAGAAAACAUUAUGGUGGAGGAGUAUGUUGAAUUUGGGCCUCUGGAUCUCUUCAUGCACCGCAAGAGUGAUUUGCUUACAACACCUUGGAAAUUCAAAGUAGCAAAACAGUUGGCAAGUGCAUUAAGCUAUCUGGAAGACAAAGAUUUAGUACAUGGAAAUGUCUGUACAAAAAAUAUAUUAUUGGCCAGAGAAGGACUUGAUAAUGAAUAUGGACCUUUCAUAAAAUUAAGUGACCCAGGAAUUCCAGUUACAGUGCUGUCUAGACAAGAAUGUGUUGAACGCAUCCCUUGGCUUGCACCAGAGUGUCUUGAAGACUCCAAAAAUCUGAGUGUGGCAGCAGAUAAGUGGAGUUUCGGUACAACAUUAUGGGAAAUUUGCUACAAUGGAGAAAUACCACUUAAAGACAAGACAUUGGCAGAGAAGGAAAGGUUUUAUGAAGGGCAUUUUGCACUUGCAACACCAUCUUGCAAGGAGCUAGCAGAUCUGAUGAAGCAGUGCAUGCACUAUGAUCCUAAUCAGAGACCAUUCUUUAGAGCAAUUAUGCGUGAUAUCAACAAGCUGGAAGAGCAAAAUCCUGAUAUUGUCUCAGAGAAGAGGCCUAAUGCUGAAAUUGACCCUACCAUUUUUGAAAAACGCUUUCUGAAGAGGAUUCGUGACUUGGGCGAGGGUCAUUUUGGCAAAGUUGAACUCUGCAGAUAUGAUCCUGAAGGUGAUAACACAGGAGAACAAGUGGCAGUAAAGUCACUAAAACCUGACUGUGGUGGGAACCAUAUUGCUGAUCUGAAGAAAGAAAUUGAAAUUCUGAGGAAUCUUUAUCAUGAAAACAUUGUGAAAUACAAAGGAAUCUGCACCGAAGAUGGUGGAAAUGGAAUUAAGCUCAUCAUGGAAUUCCUUCCUUCUGGAAGCCUAAAAGAAUAUCUCCCCAGAAACAGGAAUAAGAUCUGUUUGAAACAGCAACUGAAAUAUGCUGUACAAAUCUGUAAGGGAAUGGACUAUUUGGGAUCUUGCCAGUAUGUCCAUCGAGAUUUAGCAGCACGGAAUGUUCUUGUUGAAAAUGAGCAGAGAGUAAAGAUUGGGGACUUUGGGCUAACCAAAGCAAUUCAGACUGAUAAGGAAUACUACAAAGUCAAUGAUGACCGAGACAGUCCUGUGUUCUGGUAUGCCCCAGAAUGCUUGCUGCAGAGCAAAUUUUAUAUUGCUUCAGAUGUUUGGUCUUUUGGAGUGACCCUCUAUGAACUAUUGACAUAUUGUGAUCCUGAAUGCAGUCCUAUGGCAGAGUUCUUAAAGAUGAUUGGUCCAACUCAUGGUCAGAUGACAGUCACACGGCUUGUGCGAAAAUUAGGAGAAGGCAAACGUUUGCCAUGUCCCAAAAAUUGCCCAGAAGAGGUUAACCAGUUGAUGAGGAGAUGUUGGGAAAAUGACCCAGGUGAGAGGACAACGUUCCACAAUCUGAUUCAAGGAUUUGAAGAAGUUAUGAAGAAGAUGUAAUCCAACAUUUUUAUACUGUUAUCAUUAAAUAUUUGAAAAGUAUAUAUAAGGUCUUUUAUUACCCAUUGUAAUUUUGUACUUUGGUAAUGCUGUGUUUAAAGGAGCAACUUUUCUCCCAAGUGUUUCUGUUCCAGAAGGAUCCAAGAAGUAAAAAAAUCAUUGUUCAGCCGUUCACUGGUCGACAUUCUGUUCUAACAAUUUGUUAGGGUUCUAUUUCUUAGAGAUGUGACUGAUGGUUCCAGUUGGCAUUGUGGAUGUUAUUCUCUCUGUCAGCAUAAAUUGAGAGCUGUUGCCUUAAUACAAGGGUUUUUAGUAAUUUGUCUGUGCACUAUUUGAAUCAUGUUGGAUUAAAAAAAAAUACCAGAAGAAUCAGCAUCAUGGCACAGUGAAUAAAGACUGAAAUAUGUUAACAUUAGUUCUUUUGCCAAAAUAUGUAUCUAAAAUUACCUUCAAAAUUCAUGGUAGCCUUUAAUGUGACUAUUAUGCAAGAAUGGUAGAUGACUUUUUUGAAUGAGAUCCUAAAAGCCAUACAACUACUUGAGUACAGCCUUACAACCGAAGGGGCUAAAGAUCUGUUGUUUCUUAAAUAUCAGUGGCUCCAUGUCUUAAAGCAAACCUGUGUUAACUUUCAAAAGCACUUUUUAUUAGGGGGACAUGACAGCUAUUGAAAAUAAAUUGAACCCCCCCCCCCUUCAAAACCACCACUAUUCUAGCAUCAUAUUUUGGAUUGUUGCCUUUGUAGGCAUAUGUGUUGCAUUUAUAAACAGCUGGUAGUAUGUUGUUUUGUUGUGUUUUUUUUUUGUUUUGUUUUUUAACUGAUGCUGUCUCUUCAAAAGGGAGAUUUAUACUCUGUUGCCCCAAAUCUCUAACCCAUUUACCUCUUUAAAAUAAUAAUUCUAUCAUUUUAAGAGUUGCCCAAUAAGUCUGUUACAGGACAUGUAAUGAGAUGUACAGUACUAUAACCUGAAUUUGACAUGUUCAUCCUGCUGGUGGGGAGGUCAGUCUAAGGAAACUACACCUUCACUUGUAUACCUAAGGACCAUUACAACAAGUAAUGUUUCCUGACAAAAUUAUGAUAUACUCAGUUAGAGUGACUGUUCUAAGAUUUUAAUAUGUAUACCUUGUAUACAUCCAAGGUUGGUCACCAGGCAUGAGAAUAAAAAGGGUAUUCAUUGAAAAGAGCACUGAAUAAUAUGUAAAGUGAAUACUUUAACCCUUCUGCAACACAUCAUUUUGGGUUGUUAUGUAGCAGAUUAUCAAACUAAAUAAUAAAGGAGAGUGGUAGCGUUAAAACUCUUUUUUGAAAUCAUAAACACUGUUCUAGUAAGGCUGAUGCAUGCAGAUGCCGUUGCUGCAAACUGAUUUCAUUCUAGAUUCCAGCAUACAGUGCAGGACAGUGAUGGCGAACCUAUGGCAUGCAUACCAGAGGUGGCACGCAGAGCCCUCUCUAUGGGCACACAUGCUGUUGCCCUAUCACAGAGUUUGCCAGAGUUUCUUACUAGAAAGGCAGAGGGAUGUGGCACUUUGCAAUAAAUAAGUGGGGUCUGGGUUGCAGUUUGGGCACUCAGUCUGUAAAAGGUUCACCAUCACUGGCGUAGGAGGUUACAACAGACAGAAUAGGCGAUAGUGACAGAAACAAUGAGUACAUUAUACCAUAAAGAACUUCCUAUAAAAAUUCUCAAGUGUGGCCAUUACUAUCUGAGUUCUACUCCUUUCUGUAAAUUUGCUAGCCUUUUACUGGUGAAAUAAUAAGUUGGACACUGUUUAUAAAAAUUGCUGUUCAGACAGAGACCUUUGUUUUCUAAAGUGAAAUACUGCAUUUGAGGAAUUGCAAUAAUAUAAAAUUUAAUCCAGUAUCCAGUAUCAAAUUAGAAUCAAUCUAGAGCCAUUUUUCAAUAUUGCCUGUUUUUUUGCUGUAUAUGCACUUUGUUAUUCUUUAUUAAAAAAAUAAAGCUUUUAAUCCAUGUA